UAGUGGGAGUUCACUAUCGUCUUCAUGUGUUGUUUACUCGUCUGCUGAUAAGUUAUCAAUCCGUCUAGCGGUUUGUCAUUCGCAAUGGCAAUCCGACCGCCUGAUUUAGUUCCAGCAGACAAGGAAGAAUUCGUCAACAAACAACACCAGACUGACAGUAUUACAAUUCUUAUGCUAUUGGGCUUGUUACUUUUGACAAUCUUGACAGUCUGGCUUUUUAAGUACAAACGUUUCCGAUUUGUCCACGAAACUGGCUUGUCUAUGGUUUAUGGUCUUAUUAUUGGAGCCAUAAUCAGGUACACUAAUGUAUCGACGAAGGAAGUUGCACAUGCAAUGAUUGUGAAUGAAACAUUUUAUGCAGUGAAUCCUCCUGAACAUCUAUAUGUGUCUUUAGCAAAGCAUGUGAAUUCCACCGAGAAUGUGACUAUCAAGUAUGAUGUCAUGGGAACAGUGUCCAAGCCACAGGAAGAUGGUGCCCUGGAGGAAACUGUAACCUUUGACCCCGAGUUGUUUUUUAAUGUUCUACUGCCACUGAUUAUAUUUGAAGCUGGAUAUAGCAUGAAAAGGCGACAUUUCUUCAAGAAUCUUGGUGCCAUAAUAAUGUAUGCUUUUAUAGGAACAACUGUUUCAUGUCUAGUUGUAGGGGGUAUCCUGUAUGGCCUAACCAGCUUCAUGUCUAGCAUUACAUUCAGUCUCAAUGACUGUUUCUUUUUCGGGGCCGUUAUUUCUGCCACCGACCCAGUGACGGUCCUUGCAAUAUUUCAUGAUCUGCAUGUGGAUGUUGACCUCUAUGCCAUUAUAUUCGGAGAAAGUGUCCUCAAUGAUGCUGUCGCCAUCGUUCUUUCAGGAUCUGUGGAAAAAUAUGGCUCACUGCAGGCCACGACUGGUUUCAGUGCAGAAGCAUUUUUCAAAUCUCUCGGCAAUUUUCUGGGGAUAUUUGCUGGAGCCUUUGCUAUUGGAUCUGCGAUUGGCUGUUUUACAGCUUUGUUGACAAAGUUUACCAAAAUACGAGAUUUCCCCUUGCUGGAGACGGCACUGUUUUUCCUCAUGUCCUACAGCUCAUUCCAGGCAGCAGAAAGUGCUGGAUUUACAGGUAUUGUGGCGGUACUGUUCUGUGGAAUUACGCAAGCUCAUUACACGCAGAACAACUUAUCAGCGGAGUCGAAGACGAGAACUAAAGAGUUGUUUCAACUCACUGGAUUUUUAUCGGAGAACUUUGUGUUUUUAUACAUUGGUGUCUCCAUUUUCACGUUCCAGUACCAGAAAUGGCAUGCUGGUUUUAUCUUUUCUGCUUUGUUUGCUUCAGUAGCUGCUCGGGCUUUCAAUGUGUAUCCGUUGUCUUUCCUUCUGAAUCUGGGCCGGACCAACAAGAUCCGCUUGAAGUUCCAGCACAUGAUGAUGUUUUCAGGUUUGAGAGGUGCGAUUGCGUUUGCUCUCUCGAUCCGAAACACAUCAACUGAUUCCCGUCAGCUGAUGGUGCCGGCGACGAUGAUCAUCGUUCUGUCAACUGUGAUAGUCUGUGGGUGUCUGACCACGCCCAUGCUGCAGUGGUUACAAAUUAGUGUCGGGGUGGACGAAGAUCUGGACCUUCAGAAUGUGGCAACAGUUAGAAGUGCAAUAGAAGGUCAACGCCAGUACAGGUCCAUGGAUUCGCCUGUUACCGAGCAACACACUUCCCAUAAUUCCACUGGCCCACCGUUAGGGCAGUCCGAGGAGUCGCCUACUGAACCAAGUUCCCCAUUGUUAGACCAGAGCAUGGCUAAAGGUUAUACUUCUCUCAAUAUGUUGCUUGCAUCGUCGUUACUGCGUUAUUGUGUACCACGCAAUCCAAAAUACAUGUACCAUGUGCCCCCCGAGGAAUCUCAGCCGGGUCCCAAGAAGCCCGACAAAGCGUGGCUUGUGGCUAAGUGGCACCACUUCGAUGUCUUGUUCAUGAAACCUCUGCUGACGAACUCACGGCCAUCGCUGCUCGACACGUUACCCAAGUGCUGCUUCCCCCUCGCAAAGAUAUUCACCACCGAGGAACAGCUUUCUCAGGGUGAACUGAAAGCCGACUCAGACUCCGACACUGACAUGAUCAUCGACAACACACAGAUGUCGAUCGGAGGCAGCAGCGAGAUCAUCGCGCCGUCGGCCAACAACCACACCGCAGAGAUGCAGCCCAACGCCGCAGAGAUCGAAAUGGCGAGGACCUACAGUUUCAGCAGUGACGACCAACUUCUCACUCCUUAAUUCUAGUCUUACCUCUUUCGGUAAUCGCUAGUAAUAUUAAGGCAAUCUUACCUCUUUCGGUAAUUGCUAGUAAUAUUAAGGCAGUCUUACCUCUUUCAGUAAUCACUAGUAAUAUUAAGGCAGUCUUACCUCUUUCGGUAAUCAAUAGUUCUAUUAGGGCAUUUCUACCUCUUUCGGUAAUCAAUAGUCCUAUUAGGGCAGUCCUACCACUUUUGAUCAAGUUGUAUUUUGGAAAUAAUCCCUGAAGCAAUCAAGCCAGGAAACAUUGUGUUCAGCAAACCAUCAAAUGCUAUUUAACAUUCAGCCAGUUUUAUACGUGUAGAAAUGUACCUAUAGGUUGUCCUUACCAUCACUCCAUUUUAAUUUAAUUUAAGGAGCGGAACGUAGUCCAGUGGUAAAGCGUUUGCUUGAUGCAUGGUCGGUCUAGGAUCGAUCCCCGUCGGUGGAACCAUUGGGCUGUUUCUCGUUCCAGCCAGUGCU